UUUCGAUGUGAUGUCACUUCCUGGAAGGGCGGCUGUGAGGCUGGGCCAUUCUCUUUAGUGUUUGCCCUGUCUGCCUUUUACUCACCAACACUCACAAACAUUUUAAUUCCAAUAAUACGGGAAACGCUGCAGUCGGGGAGAAAUCAAAUGCAAGUACCCCAAGACCUGUAGCCCAUGGAGUAAUUAACAACUGGACUGAAAGAUUAAAAGGCCUUUUCAGUCUCACCCCACACACGACUGCGCUGCUGCUCUGCACUCAAUAGUCCCUCCCAGAACCCAGCCACCAGCCCAUAAGGAUGUCCCAGGUCCAGUUCCAACUGUCCCCAGGCGGCCCACUGUCUAGCACUGCACCCCUGCAGCUCCCCCACCCCGGCUACAGCAUCCCCUGUGCCUCUGGGACCCUGCCCUCCGAGAGUGCCAGCCACCCCCUCCGGAGCUCCGCCCUUCCCUCUGCUUCGGCAACACCCUUCAGCGCACCCGCAGUACCUAACAUGGCAAACCCUAAAGAGAAGACCCCAAUGUGUCUGGUGAAUGAGUUAGCCCGUUUCAACAAGAUCCAACCUGAAUAUAAGCUGCUUAGUGAGCAGGGACCAGCUCACUCCAAGAUUUUCUCAGUACGCUUAACGCUGGGCGAUCAAAACUGGGACGCUGAGGGUACGAGCAUCAAGAAGGCCCAACACUCUGCGGCUACCUCAGCCCUGGCCCAGACCGCGCUUCCCAAACCCAGUAUACGCAGCCCCCGCAACACAGGCAAGAACCCAGACAGCAUAACGCACACCGUAGAGCUAAACGCACUUUGUAUGAAGCUGGGAAAGAAACCAAUCUACAAGCCCAUUGAUCCAUAUCCUGGGAUGAGGCCGAGCUUCAACUACAGCGUCCGUGCCCCCGGCCCUUACCCGCGGUACUACUACCCGUUUCCACCGGUAGGGCCGGUCCUGUACCACAUGGAGCUGUCAAUCGGCGGGCAGCAGUUCCAUGGGAAGGGGCGCACGCGGCAGGCAGCCAAACACGACGCCGCCUCCAAAGCCCUAAAGACCCUUCAGAAAGAGCCGCUACUGGAGCAGCUUCCACAGAUGAAUGGAGAGCCAUCAGAAGAAAACCUUAACAAAUCAGAAAUCAGUCAAGUUUUUGAAAUUGCACUGAAGAGGAACAUGCCUGUGAACUUUGAGGUGCUGAAGGAGGCGGGGCCUCCGCACAUGAAGAGCUUUGUGGUGCGGGUGACGGUGGGCGAGUUCUCAGGGGAGGCUGAAGGGAAGAGCAAAAAGAUCGCCAAGAAGUGCGCGGCGGCAGCGGUGCUGGAGCAGCUGCGCCAGCUGCCCCAGCUCCCCCUGGUGGAGAAGCUGCAGCCGCGCAUCAAGAAGAAAACCAAGUCCAUCGUCAAGCUGCAGACCAGCCCGGAGUACGGCCAGGGCAUGAACCCCAUCAGCCGCCUGGCGCAGAUCCAGCAGGCCAAGAAGGAGAAGGAGCCCGAGUACAGCCUGGUGACGGAGCGCGGGCUGCCGCGGCGCAGGGAGUUCAUCAUGCAGGUGAAGGUGUGCGGUCAGUGUGCGGAGGGCAUGGGCCCCAGCAAGAAGGUGGCCAAACGCAACGCUGCUGAGAAGAUGCUGGAGCUGAUGGGAUUCAAAGUGCCUCAGCCUCAACCCCCCAAACCGGCACUCAAAACCGACGAAAAGCCGCCAAUGAAGAAGCCAGGGGAUGGGCGGAAAGUGACCUUCUUUGAACCUGGCUCAGUGGAGGACAGUGCAGUGGGUGCCAAGGAAGACGAGUUCCGUCUGCCCUUCCUGAGUCAUCAGCAGCUACCUGCGGGCAUCCUGCCCAUGGUGCCAGAGGUGGCACAGGCAGUUGGGGCCAACCAGGGUCCCCACGCCAAAGACUACAGCCGUGCCCCACCAAACCCGGCCAAGGCCACCCUCACUGCCAUGAUUGCCAACGAGCUGCUGUAUGCCGGCACCUCCCUGACAGCAGAGACCAUCCUGAAGAGCAACAACAGCCUGGCGCACCUGCCCCUGGGUCCCCUCACACGCCCAUCUGAGCAGCUCAGCUACCUGGCUAAUGUACAGAGCCUGCAGGUGGAAUACAAAGACUUUCCCAAAAACAACAAGAAUGAGUUUGUGUCUCUGAUCAACUGCUCCUCCCAGCCGCCCCUCAUCAGCCACGGGAUUGGGAAGGACGUGGAGUCCUGUCACGACAUGGCUGCGCUGAACAUACUGAAGUUACUGUCAGAGCUGGACCAACAGACCAAUGAGAGGACGGGCAAUGGACCAAUCUCUGGAUGUGGCAAGCAGGAAAUUGAAGGUGAAUCUCUCCUGAAACAGGCUAACUCAAGCACGCUGGGACAGACUCUGGAUGGCACUGUGUAGACACCGUUUGGGGAGGGGGGGGGGGGGGAUUUGGGAAGCACCAGAGAAAAUCACACUGUGUUUCUGUGUAACUCCGCUGUUUUAGAGGGCUACAGUUAGUUUGAAGUCACUGUAGUGUCUAAAUCAUCACAGUUGCUGUAUGUUACAAAAUGUUCACAGUUAAACAAGAUUGAUUGAAAAAUAUCCUUAAUGUUGUUUAAUUGUAUACAUUUUUUUUUCUAGAAAAUAGUUUUAAGAAAUUCUCAUUCUCAUUUCCUUUUCAUGUUUCUUGAAGAGAGAAAGAACACUAAAAAAAAAUUGUGUAGGUUUUGAGUAGAUUGGUUUGUUUCAUUAAGAAUCAAACUGAAGUUUAUCUCUUUUUUUUUUGUUUGUUUUGGGUUUUUUUUUUUUUUUUUUUAAACCCCAGUGUUAAGUUCCAGGAGGGGCAGAUUGUGUUAGCAUGUGUGCAGUGCAGUAAGACCCAAUGGAAGGAUAUGACAAUGAUUGCAAACCACUGUUGAUUUUCCUUGAGUGCUUUAACAAGAAAAGCAGUGUUUAUCUACAUUUCCAUGUAGGGCUGAAAAGGUCUUGUGACUUCAGUGUACUGUGUGUAAUGUCCUGUGAUGUUGCCCCCUUCCUUGAUGUUGGGGGGGGCAAUAAAAGUUUGUUUGCGUACGGUCCAA